AUGCCGGCGCUGCGAGAGAAAGAGCGCGACGGAGAAGGAGUCGGCGCCGAAGAAGAGUCAGAGAACAUGGUUUGCCGGGAUGAAGAUACCACUGGGGGCGUGCGUGUCGCCGAUGAACCAGAAAUGUCUGACGAAGCAGAGCACGGAGUUGGAUCGUUUGAGGGCGAAGGCUCUGUAGGGAUGGAGUCGGACGAGUACGACUUUCAGGAAGAUGAAACAGAACACAACCAUCAUGCAGAGGCCGAUGUCGACAAUGGGGAUGCGGUUGAUUUGGAAGACAGUUUGGACGGCGCCGUAGGAAUGUCUGACAAUUAUGCGGAAGACGAGUUUUACGCUGUUGAUUCCGUGGAGUCGUUAGGUUGGAUUGAUUUUUUGAACUUGAGCGAGGAGGAUGUUCUCCGAUUUAAUUUCGCAGAUGUUGACAUUGCAUUUGAGUUCUACCAGCAAUAUGCAAAGCACCAUGGCUUCGGGGCGAGACGUUCCAGAAGCGAAAAACGUGGCGAAGUAAGGAUACGGCAGGAGUUCGUGUGCCACCGACAAGGGUACCGAUCCCCGAAGUUCUACUCGAUGCCUAACCGGCAAAAGAGGCCGAGGGCUGAGACACGUUGUGGAUGCCCUGCAAGGAUGCUACUCCACAUGGACGAUGAAUCAGGACGUUGGCACGUUGCGUACUUUUCAGACGCGCAUAACCACCACGUUCUUGAGUUGCGAUUUUCUUCCAUGCUCCCAGGCCAUCGGAGGAUGAGCGAAGCGGACAUCGAGCAGAUGAACGACAUGCGCAAAGGGGGCAUUAGCAUCUCCCGAAUCCACGAUUUUAUGGCGAGCCUAGCCGGCGGGUAUCAUAAUGUCCCGUACACAACAAGGGACAUGCACAAUGUAAAUGCGAAGCAACGAAGGGAGGGUGGCCUAGAUGCGGAAUCGUGCCUAAGGUAUCUCCGAGAGUGCAAGACAAAUGAUCCAGCACUGUACUACAAGGAAGUUGUUGAUGGUGAGGGCGUGUUGCAACAUUUGUUUUGGUGUGACGGCACCAGCCAAAUUGAUUACCAGGUGUUUGGAGACGUGGUUGCAUUUGAUGCAACGUACAAGAAAAACGUUUACCUUUCACCUCUUGUAAUAUUCUCCGGUGUGAAUCACCACAACCAAACGGUUGUCUUUGCCACUGCACUGGGGGCAGACGAGAAAGAAGAGACCUAUGUCUGGCUGCUUCAACAGUUGCAAACUUCAAUGAAAGGGAAGGCUCCCGUGUCCAUAAUAACCGACGAUGACAGGCAAAUGAAGUCUGCGAUCGAGCAAGUUUUUCCAGAGGCUCACCAUCGACUCUGCGCUUGUUACGAAAGCGAAUAA